AUGUUUGUAUUUUUUAUCCAGUAUACGUCAUUUUUUGCUGCUGUGAGUUCAUCAGUUAUUGUUUUUGAUACAUACACUGCAACUCCAAUAACACUGGAAGAACUAAAACAACAUGAUAAAAGAAAUACAACGUUCUGGUGUACUAGCCAACUUUACCCGUGCAACCCUUACGAAGGGCGGCGUGUUGAUGGCUCCUGUAAUAAUCUACGCUACCCUACCAGAGGGAUGAGUCACACACCUCAAUACAGAUUGCUAUCUCCAGUAUUUGAUAAAGACUUUGAACCACGGCGAUCAAAAUCCGGAAAUAGUUUGCCACUUCCAAGAUUCUUAAGGAAGCACCUUCUUCUAGAAGGCUAUAUAUCUGAUCGGAAGUUUACUCAACUAACUUCCCAUAUCUUAUUGUUAAUGAGUGGCGAUGUGCUUUCUUUUCACGAUACAGUUAAUUAUGUAUUAUGGAAGCCAUAUUGUUGUAAGCCUAAAGGCAAAUCAGAUCGCGCUUGCACUCCAAACAAAAUACCAGACGACGAUCCAGUGCAUCGCUUUUCUAAUAUCAGAUGUAUGAACAUGACUAGGCCGGAGAGUUUUCAGUCCGUUGGCUGUGUCAGACAAGAUACAUACCCUGAACGUAUAAUAACGGCAACACCCACAUUCGACGCCUCAACAAUUUAUGGUAAUUCAAUAAGGAACUUGUUUGAGAAAGGAAGAAAAUUCGAAGGUGGCCUGUUGAAAUAUGAAGUGGAAGGUGGGAAAAUAUGGCCGCCAAGCGUAAAGACUGCCGCGAGCGUUUGUUUCCUGAAUCAAAAGCCACACGAAACUCGAUGUCAUGACGCACCGGAGGACGGAGCAAACAGUGUGGCCGGUGUGAAUCUCGCUGUAAUUUGGUUCUGGAGGCUACACAAUCGCGUUGUUACGGAACUGGCACGUAUUAACCCCUGCUGGGAUGACGAUCGAUUAUUCUAUAUAGGGAGAGAUAUCGUAAUUGCUAUACAAAUGCAGAUAGUUAUGUACGAAUUGCUGCCUGCACUACUAGGUAAGCAAAAUAUGGUGAGUGAUGGCGUGAUUUCUUCUAACUUGGGAUUCAGAGAUCUAUAUAACGAGAACCUUAUACCGCAAAUCUCCGUUGAGUAUCCGUCGGUGUUGCGCUGGUUCCACACAAUACAGUCGGGAAGUAUGAAAAUGUAUGACGCGCAAGGUUACUUCUUGAAACAGAUUCCAAUCGCAAAUCUGACUCUUAGAACUGGCUACUUUGCUGUGGAUAAUAAUAUCGAUUACAUGACACAGGGCAGUUUUAGACAGGCAUCCGCUAGAUUUGAUUACGCUGUUGAUCCUGAAUUAGGAGAGAGCGGUCUCGGACCUCACCAGCGAGCACUUGAUAUAUUAACGAACGAUUUGUCCAAAAAUCGUUACUUUGGAUUUCAACCUUACGUAAAAUACUUGGAAUUCUGUUUGGGACGGUCUUUUAUGAAAUUUGAAGAUUUAGAAUAUGUCAUGGACCCUGAAAGAAUAGAAAUGCUUGAAGAAAUAUACGAGAAUUUAGAAGACGUAGAUCUUCAAGCUGGUCUAUGGAUCGAGAAAUUCGUGAAGGGAGGUCAUGUGCCGGUAACUGUGUAUUGCAUUAUGGUUGAACAAAUGCUACGUACUGUAUCAUCUGACAGACAUUGGUACGAGCGACCGAAUAGACCGAAUGCGUUUACUUUGCAGCAACUUCUUGAAAUCAGAAAAAUCAGUAUAGCGAGAGUUUUGUGUGAUGUCGGGGAUAGUGUAACUCACAUACAACGACGUGCGUUCUUAAGAAUAGGACCAAGCAACCCUCUCUGCGGCUGCAAUGAGAUCGAGGGGAUAGAUUUCUGGGCCUGGGAAGAUAGCACUUGCAGCAAUGAUGGUUCACACAACGGCCCAGACUUUAAACAGAAAAAUCAAUAA